ACGAGGCGCAGUGUACUGUUACCGAUACAUCGCAUAGGCUUGUGGGUAUCACAGGGUGCAGUUUCCUGCGUAAAGGGGGUGUGUGAAAGACAGCGAGAAGUUCCCACUGGAGCGCACACGGUAUUUCGUUGCAAGCUCACUUGACGCCGCACUAGCAGCUGUGCUGUCGUCGGUCCAGGAUUUUGCGUUGCACAGGCUCAUGAGUCCGGAUCGGCAAGGCGAGCAGGUCAGCUCUUCCGAAGGGAGGACCUGUUUAUAAUUCGAGCGGAUCUUGUUCAAGCGAGCAGCGGCAGUCCUCACCCCACCACGCUCAAUGAGUCUCGACGAGCACUCGUUGCAGACUCUGUCCUGGAGGAAGCUCUAUUUGAGCAGAGCCAAGCUCAAAGCCUCAAGCAGGACGUCGGCUCUUCUCUCGGGUUUCGCAAUGGUGGCUAUGGUAGAAGUUCAACUUGAACCCUCCCAUGAAUACCCCCCUGGCCUGCUGAUCGCUUUUAGUGCUUGCACCACGGUGCUGGUCGCAGUACACCUCUUCGCUCUCAUGAUAAGCACCUGCAUUCUUCCAAACAUCGAGGCCGUCAGCAAUGUGCACAACCUAAACUCUGUGAAGGAGUCUCCCCACGAGCGCAUGCACAUGCACAUCGAGCUGGCGUGGGCCUUCUCCACCGUCAUCGGAACCUUGCUGUUCCUAGCUGAAGUGGUUCUGCUGUGCUGGGUCAAGUUUCUCCCAGUAAAGAAGCACCCAGUCGACCUCUCUCCCAACAGCACCAGUAGUAAAAUCACCCCUGGAGAAGCAGCCGCUAUUGCCUCCACUACAAUCAUGGUGCCAUUUGGAUUAGUUUUCAUUGUGUUCGCAGUGCAUUUUUACAGAUCGCUUGUCAGUCACAAAACAGACAGGCAGUUCCAAGAACUGGAGGAGCUUUCAAACUUCGCAAGACUGCAGAAUCAGCUUGACCACAGAGGCCAAACAGAGGAUGCGGCAAUGCAGUCUCCCAGCAGUCAUUAUCCAUAAAAAAAAAAAAAAAAACAUAAAUGCUGUAAUUGUUUAUGAGCCAUUGUGAAGACUUUCAUCUAAUAAGAAUUGUUCUUCAUGCAUGGACA